AUGGCGCUGGAGCAGGCCCAGGCCGACGGCCCCGCCGCCGCGCCGGCCCCCGCGCUUUCCGCCCCGGAGAGCCCCACCGAGGCCGCGCCUGGCCCCGGCGGAGAGGCGGAGCCCGCCGCCGCCCCCGGCCAGGCCCCGGCGCGGGGGGAGCCCGGGCCCGGCGGAGUGGAGGCCGGGGGGUCGAGCGGCGGGGAGGCGGAGGAGCCCGACCCGGAGGCGGCUCCCCAGAAGCCCUCGCAGAACAUCGCAGUGCAGACAGACUUCAAGACAGCUGACAUGGACGUGAACACAGAUCAGGACAUCGAGAAGAACUUGGACAAAAUGAUGUCUGAGAGGGCUUUGCUGAAGGAGAGGUACCAGGAGGUGCUGGACAAACAGAGGCAAGUGGAGAACCAGCUGCAGGUGCAGCUUAAGCAGCUCCAGCAGCGGAGGGAAGAGGAGAUGAAGAACCAUCAGGAGAUCCUGAAAGCAAUUCAGGACGUUACCAUCAAACGGGAGGAGACCAAGAAGAAGAUGGAGAAGGAAAAGAAGGAGUUCCUGCAGAAGGAGCAGGAUCUGAAAGCAGAAAUUGAGAAGCUGUGUGAGAAAGGCAGGAGGUUGCUGAAGGAGCAGGAGGAAAAGGAGAACAAGAUUGCCUCUCUGAUUGCAGAGCAGUCCGAUGAAAAGCAGCUGUGGGAGAUGGAGCUGGACAAGCUGAAGAACCAGCACAACGAAAUCAACAGGAACAUUCUGGAGGAGACAGAGCGAGCCUGGAAGGCAGAGAUUCUGUCCCUGGAGAGCCGAAAGGAGCUGCUGGUGCUGAAGCUGGAAGAAGCAGAGAAAGAAGCAGAGCUGCACCUCACCUACCUCAAGUCUGCACCACCCACGCUGGAGACCAUGAGGCCAAAGCAGGAGUGGGAGAUGAGGCUGAACAGGAUACGAAUGACCAAGGAGAGUGUCAGAGAUCAGUUCAAUGACCACAUUCAGAUGGUGAGAAACGGAACGAAGCUGAGCAGCCUGCCCCAGAUCCCGACCCCGACGCUGCCACCUCCGCCCUCAGAAACAGAUUUCAUGCUGACAGCAUUCCAGCCCAGCCCCUCCCUCACGCCGCGGCUGCCCUUCCCCAUCGGCCCUGUUCCUGUGCCCAUGGUCAUGCCCAGCGCCGACCCCCGGGCCCUCUCCUUUCCCCUCCUGAACCCAGCCAUCUCCAGGCCCAACCAACCCUCCCCGCCGCUGCCUGCCUCGCAGGGCAGGAGCAGCCCGGUGGUGGCCUCGCUACUGGCCACGCCCGGCCCCCACAUGCCCCCUGCUGGCUCCCUGCCGCCGCCGCCGGGGCUGGGCGCCCUGGCUCCCGAGUUCCAGCGGCUGCAGCCUGCCGACAAGCUGGAGAAGCUGCUGGAGAAGCUGCUGGCUCGGUUCCCACAGUGCAACAAGGCCCAGCUCACCAACAUCCUGCAGCAGAUCAAGACUGCCAGGAGGACCAUGGCAGGGCUGACCAUGGAGGAGCUGAACCAGCUGGUGGCAGCCAAGCUGGCAGAGCAGCAGGAGCGGGCAGCGGCCGGGGCGCAGCCCCUGGGCCGGAUCAGGGCCCCCAUGUUCUCGGCGCCACUGCCUCAGAUCAGCACCCCGAUGUUCCUGCCCCCUGCACAGGUGGCCUACCCUGCAGCAGCAUCACAUGCCCCAGCUGCCUGUAAGCUGUGUCUGAUGUGCCAGAAGCUUGUGCAGCCUGGGGACCUCCACCCCAUGGCCUGCUCACACGUGCUGCACAAGGAGUGCAUCAAAUUCUGGGCACAGACCAACACGACUGACACCUGCCCCUUUUGUCCCAGCCUGAAAUGACAGCAGCUGGCGCAGAGUGGAGCAGGAGGAGCUGUGUGGAGGGGCAGGGUGGGGGCUGAGAUUUCUACAGGUCUAUAUUUAUACAGCCAUGUAUACACCAUGUACAUUUUUAUCUCGAGGGGAUGUGUGUAUAGAGGCAGCCUGGCCAGGGCCAGGGCAGAAUAAAGU